GCUGCGAUGAAAAACAACAACAAAAAGGUUACAAAAAAAGCAAUUACAUAAAAAAAACUACCAAUACACCUUGCGCUAGCGGAAUCGUGGUGUGCUUUCCACUUUUUGUGUCGUCGCUCCCACAGUACGGGGAGAUGAUGUUACGUUAGAUAAGUGGUAUUCUAACCAGUGGAUAUGCACGAGCUUGAUGAUUAGACAACCGAACCGAUACCAGUUCACGAUCGAAACCUCGAAUAAUUCCGUGACCACGGUGCAAGGAAGCAGCCGAAGCUCUCUCUCUCUCUCUCACACACACUUUCCCCAAGGCAAACGAGCUUCUGUGGCGUAGUGGCGAAUAAUUGGUCGACCCAUUCCAGUGGAUCCUUGCAGCAGCAGCAGCAGCGUGUUGCUUAUCGGACGAGAAAGUUGCGUUGUGCGCAUACGUCCUCCCACUAGCGACGUUUUACGACCAAAGCAGUGACGAAGCAGCAACAACAAAGCUUACCACUUAAACAAAAACACCGUGUGCAGCACCGCCACCGAAGAAAACAUGCCAUUCCAUAAGUAUAUUUUUACGCCGAGAUUGUUAAAGGAGUACGAUGGAUCGCGGGACAACUACGAACCGGGCACAUUGGAAAAAUAUGGAGAUCAGCUGCUGGCAGCUCUCAAUCUAAUGUGGAGCUUCAGCUACUACACUUCGCCCAUCCUCGUGUCCAUCCUGUAUCGGCGCGGUUACUUCGUUGCCGAAUCGGUUGGCACCUUCGCAAAGGUGACGACCGGAAUCGGGCUACUGGUGGCCGUCUCGCUGUGCAUGCGAGGUCUCGGCCGGUCGAUGAACAUGGUGUACGUACGGUUUGCGGAAACGCUAGAAAAUGCACGACGCAAUAGCGACCGGUGCGGUGAGCCGAAAGCGGCCCUCCGGCGGUACGACUUCGACUUCCAGCAGUGGCCCAUCGAUUACGCGGUUAAGGCUGGAAGCCGCAAACCGACUGCUCAACGAAACAAGAACUUCUGGAUCUCAUCCUUACCGUGCCAAAUUGCCGCUUACGUUGCCAUCCACACGUUCGGCAUCCGUAUGAUUUAUCCCGGUUCGGUACGGUUGCUGCAAAGCUAUGUUGAACCGAUGCUGAUCGAGGGUCGCACGAAGCUCGUCACCCAGUGCAAUGGGCAGCGGAACAAAGUGAAAACGGCCGACGGCAAUGAAAUCGAUACGAUCGUCGUUGACAAUCGAAACAAGAGCGCAAACGGUAAGACGCUCGUUAUCUGCUCGGAAGGAAACGCUAGCUUCUACGAGAUCGGCAUCAUGUCGACACCGUUGGAUUUGAAGUAUUCCGUGCUCGGUUGGAACCAUCCCGGGUUCGCCGGAAGUAGUGGACGUCCGUAUCCGGAUCAGGAUCAGCAUGCGAUCGAUGCGGUAAUGCAGUUUGCCAUCCGCGAGCUCGGCUUUCUGCCGGAAAACAUUAUACUGUACGGUUGGAGCAUCGGUGGCUACUCGACGCUUUAUGCCGCCUCGCAGUAUCCGGAGGUGAAGGGCGUUAUCCUGGACGCGACGUUCGACGAUGUGCUCCAGCUGGCGUUGCCACGCAUGCCGGAACGUAUUUCGAACAUCGUUAAAAUUGCGAUACGAGACUAUGUGAAUCUGAACAACACCGAACUGAUCGUUCGCUACAAUGGGCCGGUGCUGUUGAUACGACGCACGGAGGAUGAAAUUAUUUGCUCAGAAGAUGCUAAUCUAGGUACAAAUCGUGGCAAUUACCUGCUCGUCAGUAUGCUCAAGUAUCGCUUUCCGAACAUCUUUAAACAGGAACAGGAAACACUGGCGCGAGAACUGCUCACGAAGCCGGUCGAUUUCAUCAAGAACGGUGUGUUUCGUGGCCACCAAACCACUGAUGUUUUUGAAUGGAUGAAGGAAAUUAAUGUUUACCCUGUUCCCCGUAUCAUUACAGUACCAGAACAAUAUUGCACCUCGCUGCUAAUGUCCUACCUGAGCGACAACGGUAACAACGGUACCAGCCGAAGCUACCCGCUAGAAAUCGGUGCCGACUAUACAACGGAGCAGCGUAACUCUAUGGUUACAUUUCUGAUAAAGAAAUAUUUAGUGGACUUCAAAUCGACCCACUGCACACCGCUACCGGAAGAGUUCUUCCAAACGCCGUGGGAAAUUCCAUCCGAAACGGAUUACGUUUUCACAUAGAAAGGAUAAAUACUAUAGAACCCGGUUUAAGUAGGCGCUGCUUUUUUUCCCCGUUGCGUUGUGGUGUAAAAAAGUGCUAGUUUUCCGCUACACUACCAAUACAUAUAUAUACAUGGGAUCAAACGUUCCAGUAUUGGUGCCUUUUAAAGGUCGCCUUCCGGUUUAACUAAAGCAAAGAAGGAGAUAACGCAGGGUUUUGUACUUUAUUAGCCUGCUUUAAUUAAAACGCUUUUUCCCUCUUUUUGUUCGUGGUGUGUUUGUGUGCCCAUGUGUGAGUGUGUUGUACGUGUGUCAAAUCGUUUAGGUUUCUCAACCCCAUUUUAAGACUCAUUACUCCCUGUGCGGCCGUACCUAUCCGAUUCCGAAGAUUUUCGGUUCUUUGCUAGUACUUUGGAGUACUGUUUUACGCGUAAAAGCAUAUUUACAUAUUUUGAUAAUAGUAGUAGCGCUGCUUUUGUGUCUAUCUGACUGGGUGGGGUGGGUAGGCAAGCAAACCAAACGAAUUCCAAGAUAUUUGAACUGAAUCGGAAAUGUGCAGAAUGGGAGAGGAAGCAAGAAAACCAUUACAUUCUUAUACAUUUUAAAAAUACACCAAGCAUACUAUUGAUGGUGUGUACUAUGGAGGUAGGAUAUGUUGGUAGGUGGCGGAAUUUCUAAAGGCAAGUCUCGAGAGACGAAACACACCGGAACGACAUGAUGGGCCCCUUCGCUGGUGAAGGGUUCUCUCUUUUUGCAACCAAAUAUCGGGGACUAUUUUCCCCCCACUUCUGCAUCCGGCUGGCAAGAAGGCAAACACAGAUCUAAACUAUUUUACCCGUAAGGUGUUGUAUCAUUCUGAUGUAUAAUCGAAGAGUCCUGGCAGCUGGUGAAAAACAAAAUAAAACCUCACAUCGUAAUGUAA